AUGGCGUCGAACAUCCCCAAGUUUGCGAGCUUCCGGCCAAAGCCCAAGGCCGCCACAGAGCCACCCAAGGAACCCCAACACCAUGAGAAAGCAGAACGACCGUCAAGAGAAAAGCACUCUACCAAGGGGAGAUCACCAUCGCCAAAGCGAGUUAUUCGCGAGCACGAUUCAAGCAAAGACAGGCCCUACUUCAGCGACCGACGCGGAGAUCCUGACGUACUGCGGUAUGGAUCUAUGAACCGUUACGACAUCCCACCCUAUCGUCGCUUCGGUCAUGGCUUCAUACUCGGACUCUCUGUAAACCAAAAGAUCGAUAGAGAGUACUCAACGGAUCGGAAAAUACUCGUUACGCCAGCGACACGAAGACGGCAAGAGCGACUGCUGACGAGCAAGCGUGCGAACAAGUCGGGUGAGCGCGCUUUGCGGCUGCUGAAGGCCGAGGUCCCCGAUGUGGACCACUCUCAGGACUUUCUGUCAUUAUCUGCAAAUACCAAGAGGAAGCGCGAUGACAGUGAGGAUGAAGACGCCGAGAUGGAGCCUGAGGCAGACUACCGCGCCAUCGAAGGGCCAAAGUCCAGCGAGCCUGUGGAUCCAGACACGCAAUAUGAGUCGGACACUGAUAUUAUAAUCGACACUGAAGUCACUCGCAAGAACUCGCAGCUCGCGCGACAGACGAAACAGCAUCCUGAAGAUCUCCAGAGCUGGUUGGACUUGAUCAGUCACCAAGAAGCCAUGCUAAAGCUCGAAAGACCAUCUGCUGAGCUGACUGCAUCUGAUAGAGCACAUCUUGCUGAUAUACGUAUCUCUACAUAUGAGGAAGCCUUGAAAAAGAUUGGCGCAGAUCAAGACAGCAGGCUAGAGCUGUACAAAGGACUGCUGGAAGAAGCAGAAAGGGCCUGGGACGGCGCCAGACUGGCCAGCAAAUGGAAGGACGUGCUUGCGAAGCAUCCUCAGAGUGUAGAGCUGUGGAUGAGGUAUCUUGACUUUGUGCAAUCACGAUUCACAAGUUUCAAGUUUGAGGAGUGCCGGGCGACCUUCUUCAAAUGCAUCGAGUCUCUUCGUACAAACAAAAGCGAAAUGUCACCGGAACAGACCUUGCACAUAUUGCUUCGUUUGACAUCCAUGACACACGAUGCAGGAUACCAGGAACUCGCUCUCGCAGUGUGGCAAGCUUUACUCGAACAUCAUUUGCUACGACCAGAAGUAGACGCAGACCAACAGGCUUUCGAACAGUUCUGGGAAAGCGAAGUAGCACGUAUCGGCGAGUCCGGAGCAAAGGGAUGGAGGAGCAGCAACAUAGAUGAUGCGCCACCCCCAGGACCUUCAUCACUGCUCGAGAAAGAAGCAGUGGACACAGUCUUUGAAGAUUUCCGAAAGCGCGAAGUGGAGGCUACGUCGGUGUUACGACUCCCUGGUCGCACGUCGGACGAUGUAGCAGAGGAUGAUGCAUUUCACACAAUCUUCUUCUCUGAUGUCGAGCCAUACCUGACCAUCAUAUCGCCCGAUAUACCGGCAACGCUGAUGAUUGAGGCUUUCUUGUGUUUCUGCGGCUUGCCAGAUCUACCACAUCGCAUACCACAACAACGUUCAUGGUCGUCUGAUCCGUUCUUGCAGCGCUACUGGCACUCUGUGUCUCCAGACACCGACGAUUCUACGGAACUCGCUAAAGCCACCAAACGCUUUUCAGAUUACUCAGCAAAGCACUUCGAGAUGACUACAGAACUCUUGUUCGAGCAAAGCUUCUCACUAGAUGGCAUCAGGCUUGAUGCAGACUUCGUCAGGCGCUUGCUCAAGCUUCUAGCCUCAGAUCCUUCGAGCGAUGAUAUCAUAGGAGAGUAUCUGCUAGCUUUCGAAUCGAGACACUUCCCGUCUGAGGCUUUCAAGUCCGCGAAGCGAUUACUCAAAGCACGUCCGUCAAGCCUGCGCUUAUACAACGCCUAUGGGUUAGUCGAAUCGCGUCUAGGUAACUCAGCCAAAGCAGAUCAAGUCUUCAGCAUGGCGCUAUCUAUGCAAAAGGGGGUUAGCGUGCUAUCGGCACCUUGGAGUUUGGAACUGUUCAGCAAUUGGGUGUGGGAAGCGCUCCGAAGAGGCGAACACAGCGAAGCUCUAUGGCGGCUUGUCUCACCAAAGGGAAACCUCUCAGCCGGCGCAGCCAAAGACUCGCAUCCUGGUAACACUCUCCUAGAGAUGGGACAUCUAACCCUCAGCGAAAAGAGCGAACACGCCCUCCUCCACCACGACUACACCACAGCAAUAACAAGCACCUCCCUCCUCGCCCUCCUAACCUAUCUCACCCACAACAACUCCGCCUCACACGCCCUCGAACUCCACGCCAACCUUACCUCAUGGUUCACAUCGCACCACCUCUCCAUCUCCGCCGUCGCAGAACUGCACGCGCAAUCCAUCGCCAGCCUCCUGAUCCACCACACCAUUCACGCCCCCAUCGUCAAACCCUCUCUCAUCCGCACGACUCUCGAACCCCUCAUAUCCCGCUUCCCAACCAACACGAUCCUCCUCGCUCUCUACGCCGCCAACGAAGCCCGUUUCUCCAUCGACGAUCGCGUGCGCGGUAUCAUGCACGAGAACGCCUUGCAAAGCCCCGAAGAAAGGAGUAUAGCGGGCUGGGCAUUCGCAAUACACUACGAAACUCUCAAGGGAGAAAUCGCAGGCUCGACAACGCAUUCCAUUCGUGCAUUGUACAAGCGCGCAACGGAGUCUACCACUGGAUCCCGGUGUCCCGCGCUGUGGAAAGCGUAUGUGGAGUUUGAGAUAAGGUGUCUACGUGAUGAGUCGGCGAGACAGCGGGCGAAUAAGAGACCGCGUAGGGAUGGCAAGAAGAGUAGAUGGGAGGUACGCGUUGAGGAGGCGGAGCAACGGGUCAAGGAUACGUUUUACGCUGGGUUGAGGAAUUUGCCUUGGUGUAAGGAAUACAUCAUGCUUGCUUUUACGGAAGCGAGGGAUGUGUUUGGGGAGGAGGAUAAGGGGAGGUUGUAUAGGGUUAUGUUGGAGAAGGAAUUGAGGCUUUAUGUUGAGUUGGAUGACGGGGAUAUGUAG